UCCUCGGACGAUCGGCUUGGAAUUACGGGCAAGCCGCGCGUCACCACAAGUGUUUGGCCGAGCUUCCCCCGUUCACGCAGAAAAUAUUCCGGCCGGCCGAGGAUUGCUCGAUCUGUACGGGGGUGGAACAGGUGGACAGGAUAUUCGACGUGGAUCCAUCCGCUUUCGAGGAACGUCGUUGUACGAGGGCGUGGACGGGAAUUGCCAAUUUUUCCCGUACAGAACCGAGUUCAAGAGUCUUCGGGACGUGUUCGAGAUGAGCACCGACCGAUCAUUGUUGGAGGAGGGGACGGAGCCUUGGUACGUUGGCUGGAGCAAUUGCGACGAGGAAAUCGGCAGUUUGCUAAGGCAGCAUUACCAAAGGCCUUACUUCCUUCCAGCCACGGCAGAGACGGAGAAGACCGAUUGGAUUUUUAUGGGUAGCCACGGAUAUGGGGCCCCUAUGCACGUCGACGAUGUGGAACACCCCUCGUGGCAGGCGCAGAUCAAGGGCGAGAAAUUGUGGAUCCUCGACCCUCCCAGGGAGUGUCAUUACGCUUGCAACAGAUUGGAGGUGGUUGUGCAUCCCGGUGAAAUAAUUGUCCUCGACACGAACCGCUGGUACCAUCAGACGGUAAUCGUGUCCGAAGAGAUGAGCAUCACCAUCGGUGCGGAGUACGAUUGAAACGGCGAGACGAUCGUGCCACGUCUUCUCGAAACGUAUCGAUAAAUAAAGAUAUUUUCCCUUCACUCUCAUCGACAC